AUGAAAACAAAAAGUCGCAAUGAAUACGUAGCUCACAAGAAAACGCAUCCCAAACCUUUUAUUUAUGAAUGCAAAGUGUUCGGUUGUGGACGAACAUUCGAUAAUGCAGCAUCAUUGUGCACACACAUGCAAACACACCGACCUAAACCUCAGUGCAGAGACUGUGGCAAAUUCUUUACUUAUAUGAAUAAUUUGUACACUCACAGGAAGAGUUGCGCGAAAGUUUCACAUAAGAAAAAUUAUGAGUGUCCCCAUGUUGGAUGUACUAUGAAAACGGAUCAUCAUAGUGAAUACAUAGCUCACAGGAGAACGCAUCCCAAACCUUUUAUUUAUGAAUGCAGAGUGCCCGGUUGUGGGCGAACAUUCAGUAAUCCAUCAACAUUCGUCAAUCACCAGGAAAUACACGGGCCUAGAUCUCAUUGCGGAAACUGUGGCAAAAUUUUCAACUAUAGGAAGAAUCUGAGCCCUCACAGGCAGUGCUGCACGAAAGCUCCAUAUAAGGGAAAUUAUGAGUGUCCCCAUGUCGGAUGUACUAUGGAAACGAGGAAUUACAAUGAAUACAUAGCUCACAAGAAAACUCAUCCUAAACCUUUUAUUUAUGAAUGCAGAAUGCCCGGUUGUGGGUUAACAUUCAAUCACCCAUCAACAUUCUACGGUCAUCAGAAAAGACAUGGACCUGAAAUUCAGUGCGGAAAUUGUGGCAAAGUUUUCACCUGUAAGAAUAAUCUGUACACUCACAAGAAGUACUGCACGAAAGCUCUGCGUUAG